AUGGCGCUGUCAGCCAUCUGUCAACAUUUAUUGACUAUCUUCUUCUCGUCUAAUCUUUUUUUUCACCCGACUCGUACUGUCACUAAAGUACAUAAAUACACCAAAGAAAAACAUGUUUCGUCAUCAGCAAUCAAUAUCAUGCUCAUGUUUCGAUCAUUGCCCAGAUAUUCAUCUAUUUCUACUCGAUUGAUACACUCUGUAAGACGACAAGAGAACCUAGGCAAGAAGAAGGUGAUUGUCCUAGGUGCUGGAUGGGGUGGAUUUCAAUUCGUUCGUUAUUUGAACCGAAUUGGAACAUUAGAAUUUCGUUGUAUUAUCGAACCCGUCCGAACACUAUCAAAUCUACACUAUUAUCAAGCACAUUGCGAUGAAAUCGAUUCGCAAAAGCAUCAAAUCCAUUGUCGAGACUUUUUCAAUAAUAGCAAAGAAUUUACACUUGAUUACGAUUAUUUAGUCUGUUGUCACGGAGCGAAAUCGAACACAUUUCAUGUUCCGGGUGUUGAGCAACAUGCGUUUUUUCUUAAACAACUUUCCGAUGCACGUGCAAUACGUAAUCGUCUUAUGGAAUUGUUCGAACGUGCAUCAAAUCGGUUCAUCUCAGACGAAGAACGAAAGGCGUUGACAACAUUUGUUAUUGUCGGCGGUGGACCAACAUCGAUUGAAUUCAGUGGAGAGCUACAUGAUUUUAUCGUCGAAGACGUUGCAAAAUGGUUUCCCGAUGUCAAAACGCAUGUCAUUGUCGUCGAGAGUACCGAUCAUAUCUUGGGAACAUUUGAUUCGAAAUUAACAGACUAUGCGAUGAACAUUUUAAAAUCACGGUCAGAAAUUACAUUAAAAACAAAUACACACGUGAAGCGAGUAGGAGAAAAUGAAGUUUUACUGAGUAAUGGUGAAAUAAUUCCAUGUGGAAUCACAGUAUGGAGUACGGGUCUUUCUCCUAAUGAAUUAACGUCGACAUUACCGUUCUCGAAAGAAAAACGUUCAGGACGAGUUUAUACUAAUGAUUAUCUUCAAGUUCUGCAAGAUGGCCAAAUACCGGUGAAUAACAUCUUCGCUCUAGGCGAUUGCGCCACACCGGUGAACCGCGCGAUCCCAGCUACUGCUCAAGCAGCAGUACAACAAGCGAAAUAUCUUGCUAAACGAUUCAAUCAAAAGGAAUUUUAUUCGAAAAAUUCGAAUGAAAUCAGCAAUGAAAAUUACGCGGCGUUCAAUUUUAAUAAUUUAGGUAUGUUGGCUUACCUGGGCGGUUACGGUGGUUUAGCUGAUUUAAAACAAACCAAAAGAGCCGGUUUCUUAUCAUGGUUACUAUGGCGAUCAGUUUACAUGACGCGUUUGGUUAGUUUUAAGAAUCGAUUACUCGUAGCUAUGUUUUGGUUUAAAUCAUUUGUAUUCGGUCGUGAUAUUAGUCGAUUUUAG